CGUCUUCUACUUUUUUGUCAUAUAAUGGACAAACGAUAAUAUUAAGGUUUAUUCGUUAAGUCCGAUGCUCACAGUAACAGACAAAUCUGUAUGCGGGCAUUGGACGUCGGUAGGCCUGUUUCCAAGGUGAUUUUGAACCAAUCCCUGGAGCUAAACUCCGGAGAUGAUCCACGCCGUUGAUAUAGUUUCCACAAUAACGACCGACGGUGGGAAUCAUCCAGGGCCAGGAGUAAGUAAGAGGCAGACAGUUAUACAUGAAUAUCCACUAUAUAUUUGCAGAUAUUCAAGGGCUUUCUUGAAAUAGGAAAAUAAAAUAAAAAAAAGAAACUGUAUCUUUCGUUAACCUUAAAAAUACCAACAGAGAAAACGGUUCCACUCAAUUUGUGGAGCCUUAGAAACUAACCUUAAAAACCUUCAUCUUCUUUCCUAUUUCCCUUUUCCUUGAAUCAACAAAAUGGGAUGUAGGGAAUCAAAGCAUGCAGUUGCUACCGAUAAUGUCAUUACCAAGAGCAAGGGCAAGAACAAGAGCCUAGACAGCAACCCUCCUGUCGAAAAGCCGACAGGCGAUGGUACGAGGAAUGCAAAUGAGGUUGAGUUUCUAGGGAAUGAGAAUCUGAAGGAUUCUCAGUUUGGAUUUGGGAAUACAAAUGGGGUCAAGUUCCCUGAGGAUGAAUUUAAGCCUGGAACAGGGGCUACAAAUGAGAUCAAGAUCCUAGGGAAUGAGAAGAGUGAGAUUAUGUCUGAUAAUGGAAAUCUGAAGGACAAAGUGAAGGAAACUGGAAAUGUUGAGGAGGAAAUUUCCAGGAAAGAAGGUGGAGAUCAAGAAAAGAGGGGAGAAUUGGAGGGUGCAAAUGUUGCCCCUGUAGAAGAGAAGACAGACAAAAUCAAGAAUGAGGAAUUGAAUCUGAACGAUGAGAAGCAAGAUGUUGGAAGUGGACAAGAAGAGGUUGCGGUUUCACAGGAUUUAUUGGUUGAUGCUGCAGCUUCCAAUGUUGUUUCGGGAAAGCCCGAAAAUGAUGCUAAGGAUGCUGCAGAUGUUUUAGGAAAAUCAGGAAUUGAUGAUAAAGGAGAUGGGUCUCAAGGGACAGGGGAAGCUAAUGAUGAAGCCAAGAAUGGGGAAGGAGAUAGCAAAGAGGAUGAUGAUUCAGAUAGAGAUAAAGGAAAAGGUUAUUUUUUAUUCAAGUUUGAUUUUUUAUGUGAUGGUUUGGUGUAUAAUUUGGAUUUUCAUUUGUGUUGUUGGUUCAUUGCAGAACCAGAAAGCAAAGUAAGUGUGGCAGCUAAUGAAACUAAGCCUCCAGUUGUUGUAGGAGACAAGGAAGAAGCUUCUGUAUCUAAAGAUGAGAACAAAGCAACAACUACUGAUGAUGUGAGGAUAAACUGAAAGAGAGACAACUAUUUAUAAAGUAAGUUAAAUACAUCCUAGAAGAGGAAUGAAU